AUGCCUUCCCACAAUAUUGUCGUUCUUGCCGGUGAUGGUGUUGGACCCGAGGUCGUUGCCGAGGCCGUCAAAGUCCUCAAGGUGAUUGAGAAGCACACAGACAACUCCUUCAACUUGCAGGAGCAUCUGUUUGGAGGUUGCUCCAUCGACGCACACAACAACCCUCUCAUAGAUGAAACACUGGCUGCCGCCAAAUCUGCAGAUGCCAUCAUCCUGGGAGCGGUGGGCGGACCGAAAUGGGGAACUGGCGCGGUGCGUCCUGAACAAGGCAUCUUGAAACUACGCAAAGAGCUAGGCACUUUUGGGAAUCUUCGACCAUGCUUCUUUGCCUCGGACUCGCUCGUCGACGCUUCGCCGCUGAAAGCCGAUAACGUUCGUGGCGUAAACUUCAACAUCAUCCGCGAGUUGACUGGUGGCAUAUACUUCGGCGACCGCAUAGAGGACAAAGGCGAUGGCUAUGCAAUGGAUACUGAGCCCUACACUGUGGCCGAGGUGGAGCGUGUUGUGCGAUUGGCAGGCACCCUCGCAUCAGCCGAGAACCCACCAGUACCCGUAUGGAGCUUGGACAAGGCCAACGUCCUUGCAACAUCGAGACUGUGGCGGAAAACGUUUGAGCGCGUCAUGAAGGAUGAAUUCCCUCACCUGAAGUCCGGCACUCAUCUCAUUGACUCGGCCGCUAUGCUCAUGAUCAAAAACCCAAGAGCGCUGAACGGUGUUGUUGUCACGAGCAACUUGUUUGGUGACAUUAUCAGCGACGAGGCGAGUGUCAUUCCUGGCAGUCUUGGUUUACUCCCUAGUGCUAGUUUGGGCGGAAUCCCAGACGGCAAGACCAAGCUGAAUGGCAUAUACGAACCUAUUCAUGGCUCUGCGCCCGACAUUGCGGGUCAAGGAAUCGUCAAUCCAAUCGCGACUGUUCUGUCUGUCAGCAUGAUGUUCAAGUACUCGCUGUGCUUGCCUGAAAUCGCGCUUAAGAUAGAUGAGGCAACGAAGAUUGUCAUUGACAAAGGUAUCCGAACGAAGGACAUUGGUGGCAGCAACUCAACAAGCGAAGUAGGCAGCGCGAUAGCAGCAGAGCUUGAGAAAAUUAUGCAAAAGUAG